GGAACGCCCCCCCCCCCCCGGUGAAGCUAUAAAUACACCCAUGAAGGUCAUUCAUGCGUCCACUUCUUCCUGCAGCUCUUUAUGAAUGAAACUCUUCCUCUGGCUGUCCUCGUUUGAAAAAUGCCUCCAGACUCAAACUUCACCACAGUUUCCAACCCGCUAACGUCUGCCCGUGGAGGCGGCGGCUGCCCUCCUGUUGGCAUCCAGCUGGAAGGCCUCAUCAUGCCUCCAGUCCUGAUCAUCGACGUUAUACUGGGAUUCAUGGGAAACAUUGUGGCACUUUGGAUCUUCUGCUUUAAGCUGAAGGCCUGGAACCCAAACACCCUGUUCCUCUUUAACCUGGUUAUUGCUGACUUCUUUGCCCUGGUGAGUCUGCCGCUGAGGAUCGAUGCCUUGCUCAGAGGCCAUUGGGUGUUUGGAGAUGGCAUGUGCCGGAUAAACCUCUUCCUGAUGUUUUCCAACCGAUCUGCCAGCAUUGCACUCAUGACCGUUGUGGCAAUUUACCGCUACUUCAAGAUAGUCCACUCUCAUCAUCGCUUCAACCGUAUGACCAAGCGACAGGCUGCUUUUGUCUCAGUGUUGGUCUGGCUGUUGGUGAUCAGUCCUCGGGUUCCCAUGCUGGCCUUCAACCACAUCAAGGGCAGCGGAGAGAAGACCCAGUGCUUCUUCUUCACGUCCUAUAAGGAGGCGUCCCGUUCAAUCAUCAUCCUGGUCGGCAUGCACCGCAUACUGACGGUGCUGGAGUUCAUCGUCCCCAUGGCCAUGCUGCUGUUCUGCUCCGUCCGGAUCUCCUGCUUCCUGAAGCAGAGGCAGAUGGGGAAACCUGAGAAGGUGCGGAAGGCCAUGAGGAUGUGUGCCGCCAUCGUGGCUGUGUUCAUCAUCUGCUUCCUUCCCACCACGGUCACCACCAUCGGCGUGUGGGUCAUCCGCUCGUUCCGACCAUGGGACUGCACUGCCUUCUACACCUUUACUCAGCUCACCAUUGUGUCUUUGGGUCUGAACUUCCUGAACUCGGCUCUGGACCCCAUCGUCUACGUCUUCUCCAGCUCGAUGUUCCGGAAGGCACUGCUGGAGCUUCUACCCUGUAGAAAGGAUGAAGGCCAGAAGCGGGAGUCCUCAUCAGGAAACCAAAGCACCACCCAGCAGGAACUGAAGACUUUAAAGGCUGAUUGUGGCAGUGAGGCCGUUCAGAGCGCUGGACCUUAGUUCAGACCAUGGAGGGUUUGGGGACGGUCUGUGCCCGAUCCACCCCUUCCUACCGGCUGAUUAACGCUGGUUUUAAUUUAACGCCAUUGUUAAGGUUGAAUCUGACCUUUCUGUAAAAUCUGCCUCUAAAAGGUUAAUCCUCUGAAAUGUUCUCUACAACCUUCAGUUGGAUGAUGGUUAUUUCAUAAAUAACACACUGACUAUGUUUCCGAGGAAGGUAAACAGUCCCAUCUGUUCUCCAAACACUAGUCAUGUGUUGAUGCUUAGAGUCAAGACUUGUAAACCAGACCAGCAUUUUAUUGCCGUUUUCGCAACGUCAUGUUUGGACUUUAUAAGACAUUCGAGUACAGAAGAAAAUAACAUAUUUAACAUCCUGGCAAUAAAAGUAGGGAAGGUCGGUUAGCAUGUCAGUGCUGCCUGCUGUGGGGGAGUUUCAGGACCGUCGGACCCGAUGACUGGUUCUUCUUCAUGUAGAAAGAUCAGAAUGUAGUUUAUUGAUGUCCUGCAUCGUUACUGGCGCUGCUGUGGAAGUCAGUUAGAUACCCAGCAGUGCUCCGUGUUGCAGCCAGAGAAACACUGGAGCUACCAGGAAUACGGAUUCACCAACAGACCCGGAAACUUCCCAAACAGGACACAAUCUGUUCCCAUCAUAGACAGGUCCAGCCACCGCUCCGUGCCACUAGUGAAAAUAGAUCUAUAACAAAUCCUCUAUAUAUUGCCUUUUGUGCACAAUGUGCCUUUACCUUUGCAACAGAUUAAAAAAAUCUAAACAAUAAUCCAUCAUGCAGGAGAAGAUUCUCAGUCAUCCAGGUCAGAGUCAGUCCAAAGAUUUUAAAAAUCAAUCCACCGGACUGGAAGUUUGCAGACUUUUCUCUUCCCAUCCAGGAAGCUUUUUCAAUUCAAACUUUAUAAUCAACUCUAUUUCUGACUAUCGGAAACGGUUCCACAGCUCUGGAACUGUUUUAGCCAGAGGUCUGACUUUUUCUGCAUUUGAGGUUGACAUGAUGUAGAUCAAAUAUAAUAAAAUU